AUGGCGCAAGACCCCGUCCCCGCAACAGACCCCGCCGUCUACGCGGAAUACCAAUCCAAAUGGUCCGCGCUGCCAGACACACCAGACGCAUGGGUUGCGCGAGCCCGUGACGUCGCGCAGGUCUUAGCGCAAGACGCCGCGCAGCGCGACGCAGAGAAUAAGUCCCCGCGCGCGGAAAUCGCCCUGCUCAAACACUCCGGUCUGCUGAAGGUCCUGGGGCCGAAGAAGUACGGCGGAGGCGAGCAGUCAUGGGAAGUCGGGUAUAAGGCGAUUCGCGAGGUUGCGAAGGCUGAUGGAUCCCUCGGCAUGCUCCUAGGCUACCACCUCCUGUGGUCCACAACCGCGAACGUAGUCGGCACAGCGGAGCAGAUCGAACGCACGCACGAGCUCAUCAUCUCCAACAACUACUUCGUCGGCGGGGCUGUCAACCCGCGCGACAGCGACCUGAAGAUCAUCUCCGACGGCGACGAGAUCGUCUUCAGCGGCCAGAAACACUUCAAUACCGGCGGCGUGGUGUCGGAUCUGACGGUGCUCGAGGGCGUGCUGGAAGGCACGCAGGAUGAUAUCUUCGCCAUCGUCAAGACCAACGACCCUGGGAUCCAGUUCGCGUACAACUGGCAUAACAUUGGGCUGCGGCUGACGGAGUCCGGGGGCGUGAAGAUCGAUAAUGUGCGCGCGCCGUGGACAGAUGCCUUGGGAUGGGAUGCGCAGAGUAAGCGGCCGAGGGAGGAUGUGUUGGGGAUUCCGUUUGCGGGGUUGCUUUUGCCGUCGAUACAGCUUGUCUUCGGCAACUUCUACCUCGGUAUCGCGAUCGGGGCGCUGGAGUUCGCGUCCAAGUACACGAGCACCACGACCCGCGCGUGGCCCUUUGGCGGCGAUAACAAGGACUCCGCGACGGAGGAAUUCUAUAUUCUGGAACGGUACGGGUCCUUUUUCGCGCAUCUCCGGGCUGCUGAAGCGCUGGCCGACCGGGCAGGCGAGCAGCUGGCGGCGCUCUAUGCGCGACACGGCAGCAACAGGGCCGGUCUGACGCCGCAGGAGCGCGGCGAGGUCGCAGAGUGGAUUGCCAGUUUGAAGGUUGUGACGACGGAUGUCGGUUUGCAGGUCUCGUCGGGCGUGUUCGAGGUCACUGGGGCCAGGGCGACGGCGUCAAAGGUGGGAUUGGAUCGGUUCUGGCGAGACAUUCGCACGCAUACAUUGCAUGAUCCCGUGGCGUAUAAGAGACGGGAGUUGGGACGGUAUGUGUUGUUGAAGGAGUUGCCGGAGGUCACUUGGUAUACUUAA